GCAACAUGCACGCGUUAGAGUAAAUAUAAUGGCGCUCGCGCGCACCCUUAUAAUUGUAGCCCUGACUGUCUCAUUCUUCACAUUCGUGGCCUUCUUCGGCCGCCUGCCAGCCUUCAGAAACACUCCCAUAGGCUUCCUCAACCGGCUCUUUGUGCACCAUAUACCGUCAUUUCUGCGCCGUAUCGAUGUCAAGCUCACCAAGGGCCGCAUCACGUCCGGCAGUUCACGGCUUGGCCGUCAUCUCAUGCACGACAAGCACCCCGUAAUCGUCGUCUUCUUCCUUGGCCUCGUGACUGCAUGCGCCAUACUGAUCCUGCCCGCCGUAUGGCAAGGGCUCCGCUUCCACCACAAGCUGACCGUUCUGGUCCUCCUGCCUCAGCCUUACUUCUGGCUCUGGCUCAGCGCCAAGUCGAACAGCACCACCUACAUCACGCCCCAGAAUCAUGCCGCGCAGAUGCGACACUACCCGUACGACCGCGUCCUGUACCAUCCCGGCAACCCAUGCUCGACAUGCCAUUUGCUAAAGCCGGCACGCAGCAAGCACUGCAGCAUCUGCAAGACAUGCGUCUCCCGCAUGGACCACCACUGCAUCUGGGUGAACAACUGCCUUGGCCGCGGCAACUACAAGUACUUCCUCUUCCUGCUGCUCUCCACUGGCCUCCUGAUCGCCUACGGCGCCUACCUCGCCUACUACGCCCUGACCCCGCCCGUCGCCGCCCACUACAAAAGCUACGAGUCCUUCUACCGCUACAAGCCGGCACGGGGAUCCGACGCAGCGAGCUGGCUGAACUGGUUCGGCGCAAAAGCCCACUACUUCGCAAUCUACCUGAGCUUGUAUCUGGACGUCGGCGGCCUCAGCGCCGCCGGCGUCGGGCUCCUCGCCCUGCUCACCUGGCCGCUGCCGCUGGGCCUGCUCGCGUACCACGUGUACCUGAUCUGGGCGGGCAUGACGACCAACGAGAGCUCGAAGUGGGCCGACUGGCGCGAGGACAUGGCCGAGGGCGUCGUGUUUCUGGGCACGCGCAGGGCAGACUCGAUGGCGGAGAACGCGGUGCGGCCUGCGGCGCCCCGUCGUGCGCACAGCGGCAGUUCGUCUGAUGAGCCGAUCCUGACGCCCGGAGAAGAUGAGGUCGAUGUCGCGCUGGAAGAACCGCUCACCACGUGGCCGCUGGAGAGCAGACAUAUCCUUGUGCGCACGCGUGACGGCCAGGCGCCCAAGUCGCUGCCGGCUCGCGUCCAGCGCGUUGCUGAGCCCGACUCAUUUGAGCGCGUGUGGAGUCUAGCCGCGGUGGAGAACGUGUAUGAUCUGGGGUUCUGGGAUAAUCUGGUCGAGGCGCUGACAAACUAGGGAUUAUAUCUAGCAACAUACGUGUUUGUAUCUCCUGUUCCUUGUGUGCGAUGUACCCUCCCUCUUGCGUCUGUCGAAUACUCUGCUUCCAAGAACGUUUCCUGUCUGUCUUUCGAUACACGUCUUGACGUCUAUCCUUCCUACCUCCUUUUCUGUCCUCUCUCAUAAUCGUCCGUUUAGCCCCUUCUCGACAUGCCAUCUGGUCCCAGCAAACACACUACCCUCCCUUCCCAAAAGCGCGAAUCCCCUA